AGUUAGUCACACUUGCAAACUUGCAGAGCUCAUACACUUGCCUUGAGGCCUAGCAAAGUACCAGCCGGGAAGCUGCGUGUGGACCCACGGGGUGCCCUGACCGCUUACGCCAGCACUGCCCUCGCCCGUUCGCUGCCCUGCCUUUCUACAAGCAAGCAGGGCCGCUGCCGAGCACCCAACAACCAGCAUAAGCACCGAGAUCUAGCACCAAGCGAGAAUGUGGCCCCUCACGCGCAACCGGCACCAGCAGCAGCAGCCGCAGCAACAGCAGCCGCAGCCAGUCGCGCAGGAAGCCAAGCGACCCGACCUCGCCAGCCUGAGACAGUGGUUUGACAAGGUGGACACGGACCUCAGCGGGCACAUCACGGCGCCGGAGCUGCAGGCGGCGCUGAUGCAGGGCGGCCUCAACCUCAGCCUAGGCACAGUGGGCUGCAUCAUACGUCAGGUGGACCGGGACGGUACCGGCACCGUGUCGCUUCAGGAGUUUGAGCGCCUGCACGAGUUCCUGGCGUCCGUGGAGGAGUCGUUCACGCAACUCAAGUCCGACCCCGCCACGGGUCGCGUGUCAUUGCCGGAGGUGGCGGUGGGGCUCAAGUCGUACGGCUACGACCUGGACGCCGCUGUGCAGCGCGCGCUGUUCAACCGCUUCGACCCCACCCGCUCAGGCAGCAUGGGGCUGCAGGAGUUCCUGGCGCUGACGCUGUUCCUGCGCUCCGCCAACGCCACCUUCAAGGCCUUCGACCCAGCCAACACCGGUACCGUACACCUCAACUACGCCCAGUUCCUGUACGCCGCAGUCAACUCCAACUGAGGCGGGUGAGGUCACGUGCGAAGGGGCCUGAGGCACAGGGCCGGCCGCACAAAGCGCGAUUUGCGAUCGGUGUGGCUUAUGAAGGGGAAGGACUAGACAGGCUGGUAGCGGGCGACCACAAUGUCAAGAGUUGCGGAGUCGUAGAAUUGACCACGGCAAUGACCGGAGCUUUCGGGGCCAUCGGUCUCAUGUGAACAACGGUUGUUUGUUGAAGCUGAAUAUAUCUGUGCUCUGCCCGGAAUGCGCGAUGUGACAAAAGGGGAGAAUCGUGCAAGCAGGGCGCUGGUCAACGAUGCAGCGCGUGUGAAACCCUGGCGGGAGUUCUGCCAACCUGUGCUGUUUCCCAUCUUAGCAGG